AUGCUGUUCAACUGGUUAGUGCUGCUACUGACCCUAGCUACUGUUACCAGGAGUGAGCACUAUCACAUUGUGCCAGUGGAUUCAACUGACUUGUGUCAUGACUACUAUCGAAAUGGAACUUGUUUCGCUCUCGAGCAGCUUGUUCAAACAAACCUGUUAUCUGAUGGAGACAAUCUCACCUUGAGCUUUCUACCUGGAGAUCAUGUAUUAACUGAGCAGUUAUUGAUUCGUAACUUCUCACACGUGCAAAUCACUGGCCAGAACACAGGUACAACUGUAGUUGGUUUCCAUAGCAAUGCUACGAUACUUUUUGUUAAUAAUACUGAAUUGAGUAUUGAAAACUUGGGUUUCGUUGGAGUGAAUGUUGGACCACAAACCAAUCGAAGUAUGAUUAUUGACAAUUCCCACAACGUUUAUAUUAAAGAUUGCUACUUUAUGGACUUUGUAUUACUCAAUCAGGUGGAAACCCACAUAGUUAAGAUUGCUAAUACUCAAACUGCAACAAUUGAGAGCACUCUCUUUAUGAACAAUACUGGUCAGGCACUGCACGUUGAGGCUGAUGAUGUGUACAUAACAAAUAGUGUGUUCACUAGAAACGAUGGAGGUGCAGUUGACAUUGAUUUAAACAAGGUACUGUUCAGCAACAGCAUAGAGUUAUACUACAAUAAUUCUUGGAGCGGAGGAGCAGUAGAAGUGGUGUCUGGUACUCUUGUGAUCACAUCGAGUACCUUCAUCGAUAACAAAUCUCAGUUUGGUGGAGCAAUUUCUAUUUUCUCAGGUAGUCUGUCCAUCUCUGACAGUACACUGACUAACAACAGUGCCUAUGGCAGUGGCGGAGCGAUUAGUAUUUACUCAGGUAGUGUGUUCAUCUCUGACUGUACGCUGACAAACAACAGAGCUGACGGUGGUGGGGCGAUUGGUGUUUUUACAGGCAAUGUGUCCAUCUCCAACAGCGAGCUGACAAACAACAGAGCUGACUCUGGUGGUGGUGGAGCGAUUGGUGUUUCCACAGGCAGUGUGUCCAUCUCCAACAGCGAGCUAACAAACAACAGAGCUGAUUAUGGUGGAGUGAUUGGUGUGACCUCAGGUGAUGUGUCCAUCUCCCACAGCACUCUUUCAAACAACAGAGCUGUUGGUGGUGGAGCGAUUGGUGUUUUGACAGGCAGUGUGUCCAUCUCCAACAGCACACUGACAAACAACAGAGCUGGCUUUGAUGGUGGUGGAGCGAUUGGUGUGAACUCAGGAAGUGUGUCUGUUUUCCACAGCACUCUAACAAACAACAGAGCUAACUUUGGUGGAGCAAUUUAUGUUAGCGAAGGCGGUAGUGCGUCCAUCUUCAACAGUAGAUUGGCAAACAACAGAGGUACUAAAAAUGGUGGUGGAGCGAUUGGUGCGAACUCAGGCAAUGUGUCUAUCUCCCACAGCACUCUGACAAACAACAGAGCUGAAUAUGGUGGAGCGAUUAGUGUUAGCGAAGACAGUACUUUGUCCAUCUCCAUCUGUGAGCUGACAAACAACAGUGCUGAUAAGGGUGGAGCUAUUGAUGUUUGCCCAGGCAGUAAUGUGUUCAUUUCUGACAGCAUGGUGACAAACAGCAGUUCCAAUAGAGGAGUAAUUUAUGCUUCAAGAUCCAACUUAAUCCUUAACAACACUAACAUUACCAAUAACAUGGUCAGUUUGAACAUUAACCAGCAAUCAAAUGUGACAUUCACAGGAAUGAAUAUUGUCAGCAAUAAUAAUGGCCCCAUUAAUGCUUCUAAUAGUCGAGUCGACUUUAAUGGACCUACAACACUCAGUAACAAUCAUGGUGUGUUUGGCGGAGCCAUCAGCGCUGACCAGAGUCAAAUAUACAUUAACGCAGAAGGAGUAAUCAUCACCAACAACACGGCUACCUCUGGAGGAGGGAUAUUUCUGAGAGAGAGUACGCUCUUUGUAAAUGAGCCAAUAGAGAUCAAUCAGAACACAGCACAUAAUGGCGGAGGGAUUUAUGCUUAUUCAAGCAGAGUUGAGUUCAAAUCAGUGCAGAUGGUAGGUGCUGAUACUUAUCCAAAUAAACAGAGUGAGAUCGCUCACAACAUUGCUGAGAAUGGUGGAGGUAUUUAUGCAGUAUCUUCAAGUGUUGAACUUACUCAGUCAUACGUCAACAUUGACUCAAACACAGCAGCCACUAAAGGAGGUGGAGUGUAUCUACAGCAAGGUUCAAAACUGUACAUAUAUAAAAAUGACCCUGACAUUUCGGCAAAGGAUCCAUUGGUCAAGCUAAUGAUUAACAACAACUUGGCUCAGUACGGAGGGGGAAUAUUUGUGGCAGAUGACACAGAGAGUGGUGCCUGCAGAGGAGGGGCCACAGAAACUGAUGCAACUCAAACCAUUUUUGCUGAUUGCUUCAUUCAAACAAUUAAAUUGCAUAGUGACUCCAUCAAAAUAAACCAUAUCAACACAUUCAUGACUAACAACACGGCUACACAGUCAGGAGCAGACAUCUUUGGAGGUUUGUUGGACAGGUGUACAGCAAGUCAAAAUGCUGAAUAUAAAUCUUCAAAAGGAUUGGACUACAUAAUUAAAACCGUAAGAUCCACCAUUGCAUCGAUCUCCUCUAGGCCUGUUCGAUUGACGUUUUGUAACUAUUCACAAUAUGACUAUGUUUCUACAAAAAAAGGACAUACAUUUAAAAUCAGUGUUAUGGCUGUUGACCAAGUUGGAAAUCCAGUGAAUGCAACAAUUCAAAGUUCAGUUGUCAGUGAGAGUGGAGUUAAUCGUCUCAAAGAAGGACAGGCUGAACAAAGAGUUGGCAAUCAGUGCACAGAAUUAGAGUACAAUGUAUUCUCACAGGACAGCUCUGCUCAAGUGGAACUCUAUGCCAAAGGUCCAUGCAUCAAUUUGGGAAUUUCCAGACAACUUAUUAAUAUUUCUUUUCUACCCUGCACAUGCCCUGUCGGACUCAAGCCAAUUCGGUCCCCAAUUGAGUGCAAGUGUGACUGUGAUCCAGUUUUGCAAACUGAAGAAUAUCAGAUAACAAAUUGUUUUGAGCAAAAUGGAACCAUAGCGCUGGAAAGAAAUAACAACACAUGGAUAGAAGUCAUAAAUACUACCAACAGAACGGAGUAUGUUGUUAGUAACUGUGCAUUAGACUAUUGCGUAGAAAUUCCAAUUAAUAUCAGUCUAAGUAACCGUGACGAACAGUGUGACUACAAUCGAAGUGGUGUCUUGUGUGGAGAAUGUGAACCAGGACUAAGUCUUGUGCUGGCUACGUCAAACUGUCAAGAAUGCUCUAAUCUUUACCUUCUUCUACUAAUUCCAUUUGUGCUGGCUGGCAUAUUGCUAGUUGCUUUAAUUCUCGUGCUCAACAUCACUAUAGCAACUGGAAAUCUUCAUGGCAUCAUUUUUUACGCAAAUAUAGUAGCUGCUAAUAGAGCAAUUUUCUUUCCUAGUUUAAACAACUUUUUAACAGUUUUCAUAUCAUGGGUGAAUCUUGACCUGGGAAUCAACACGUGCUUUUAUGAUGGAAUGAACUCUCAAGCAAAAGUACUCCUUCAACUUGCCUUUCCCACUUAUCUGUUUCUUCUAAUACUUCUUAUUAUAGUUUUGAGCAAGUAUUUUGACUCAUUUGCAAAACUCCUCUCCAACAGGAACCCAGUUGCUGCCCUAGGCACACUCGUCCUACUGUCUUAUUCUAAAUUUUUACGAUUUAUCGUUGCUGCACUACAAAGCAGGGUCUUGGAAUAUUCUGAUGGUUCAAUCAAGACUGUUUGGUUGUUUGAUGGCAACGUAACAUACUUUACUUCCAAACACAUUCCUCAGUUUGUUGCUGCUAUUAUAAUCCUCAUUGCUGGUGGAUUGUUCACUGUAGUGCUCUUCUUUGGGCAAUGGUUUCCACGCUGUUCCAAGGUUAUGAUAUGGACCAAGAACACAUAUUACAUUGGCUUCAUGGACGCAUACCAUGCUCCAUUCACUCCCAAGCAUCGCUACUGGGUGGGACUGCUCCUCUUUGCUCUGAUUGCUCAUAAUCUAGUAGCUGCCAUGGCUGCAGACACUUCUCUCCCUGUGCUAUCAGCUGGGUGUAUUGCAUUCGAGCUGAUAUCAUUGAACAACCGAGUGCACAAAAAGCAAUUUAAUGGAUAUCUAGAAACCUUCUUUCUGCUUAAUCUUGGCAUUCUAUCUAUUGGCACUUCCUAUGUUGUUGAAACACACCGACAGCAAGAAACACUGAUCAAUGUUUCAAUGUCCAUAGCUUUCAUCCUUUUUGUGAUAAUAAUCAGCUACCAUUUCCACCACUUUAUACUAAAGAAGACCAAAAUAUGGCUUAAAAUAAAGGAAGUCACAAAGAACUUGAGAACUGGUGCUGCAGACAAAAAGAAUCAACAACCUAACAACGCCAUGGCAAUGCAUCAUCUUGCAGCCAUUGAUGACGAUGAGCAACUUAAAGCUGAGCAUAUAGAUCUAGACAUGGUGGACCCACCAUCUUACACUGAUGGAGCCGUGGAACAAGCUGACCCUGAUCGUUACAUCACUCCUCCCAUCAUCAGACCAGCCACGAGGCCGGACCAGUUGAGAGAGCCUGCCCUGGACGUACUAGCCCCCCUCACUACAGAGGACUACAGAAGACCAGCCCCUCCCCCUCCAAGAGUCAACCAUCGUCCUGUUGUUACGCACACAGAAAUCGGCCCCAUACGCAAUGAAGUGUGAAAUCAGUCUGUGUCUUAAUUAGCUAUACCCUGCAUUUUUGGAGGCUACAUCAAAUUUAAUUGUAUAUCAUUAGUAUAUUAAUUGUCGCUUGUAUCUUUUGUACUGAAUAUUGAUUCCAUUAAUAACGAAUUCCAAUACU